AUGGGGACAUCACCCCAGAAGCUUAUGGUUCAAUUUGAGGAAGGAAAAAUCUACAGUUUCUCUGCUUGGGUUCAAGUCAAGAAUGGAAGUGAGAAUCUAGUUGUUGUUUUUAGAAGAGCUAGUGGGGAGCUAAUUCCUGGUGGUAGAGUUACAGCAAUGGAGGGAUGCUGGUCUUUUCUUAAAGGUGGUAUAGGUGCAAACUUUUCAUCAGGUCCUGCUGAUAUUCUGUUUAAGAGCAAUAAUACAGAUUUGGAAAUUUGGGUUGACAGUGUCUCGUUACAACCUUUUACAAUGGAGCAAUGGAGAUCCCACCAAGAUCAAAGCAUUGACAAGGAAAGAAAAAGAAAAGUAAAGUUCCAAUUAUCACACCCCAACAAAAAAACAAUGGAAGGUGCAAUAGUAUCAAUAAAACAAACCAGGCCAAGCUUCCCAUUUGGAUGUGCCAUGAACAAUGUCAUCAUUAACAACAAAAAUUAUCAAAAUUGGUUUGCUUCAAGAUUCAAGUAUACAACAUUCGUCAACGAAAUGAAGUGGUACAGUACAGAAAAUGUACAAGGUCGUGAAAAUUAUGCAGAUGCAGAUGCAAUGCUAAAAUUUGCAGAAGCAAAUGGUAUUCAUGUUCGUGGCCAUAACAUUUUUUGGGAUGAUCCCAAAUACCAAAUGGAUUGGGUAAAAAAUCUUUCUCCUGACCAAUUACGAGUAGCUGCAGCGAAAAGAAUAAGAUCUGUAGUUUCAAGAUAUAAAGGGAAAUUAAUUGCUUGGGAUGUAAUGAAUGAGAACUUACACUUCAGCUUUUUUGAGGAUAAGCUUGGCAAAGAUGCUUCUGCUGUGUACUUUGCUUUAGCUCGUCAGCUUGAUCCUGGAACAACGUUGUUUAUGAAUGAGUACAACACUAUUGAAGAAAGUGGAGAUGGAACGGCAAAUCCUGCAAAUUAUAUAAGGAAAUUUAAGGAAAUCUUGUCUUAUCGGGGAAAUGAUGGGGUUUCAGCAGCAAUUGGUCUGGAAGGGCAUUUUGGUCCUAAUCAACCAAAUCUUGCUUACAUGAGAGCUUCUUUGGAUACUUUAGCUUCCACAGGAUGGCCUAUAUGGCUUACAGAAGUAGAUGUCAAAGGAAGCCCAAAUCAGGCAUGGCAUUUGGAGCAAGUUCUAAGGGAAGGGCACUCUCAUCCUGGUGUGAAAGGGAUUAUCAUGUGGGCACUACCAGCAGCAGCAGGUCCUGCUGAUACAACAUUGGCAGACAUAAAUUUCAAGAACACACCAUCAGGAGAUGUUGUGGAUAAGUUGCUUAAUGAGUGGAAAUUUAAGACUACAGAAAUUAAAGCAGAUAGUGAAGGAUCCUUUGAAGUUUCACUUUUUCAUGGAGAUUACGACAUAACUAUUAAAGAUCAAUUCACCAAUUCCUCCACUUAUUUGAAUUAUAAACUUACAGAACAUGACAUCAGAGACACUCUUCAGGUUCAUGUCAAUGCUUUCUGACGCCAUCUUUGAAUUACUCGUUAAAAAAUAG